AUGAGAUGCAAUUUGUAUCCUUCUGUCCUGUACAACCCAGCCUCUAAUGUUUCUCUGGAUCUUCAUCAAAGCAAGCAUUGCAUCUACCACCUCUGGGUGUUAUCUCAUUCUACAGGACAUACUGUAGUUAGUUAUAAACAUGUAACCACCAGCUGCCUUUUCUCACAGAUGUUUUUUUCUCUGUUUCAAAAACUGAUAAGCAGCAAACAAGGAAAGACCACAGGAUUAUACAUUUGUAAAUGGUUACCUUCAGCAGCAGUGCACCUGGGAUUCAUGGCAACCAUGAAAAGCCAAUUGAUAGGGGUUCUGUUGUGUUUUUGGAUUUCUUGUUCACUUGCUUUGUAUUUUCACAGUGGAGAAAGAGAAGAGAAAUGUAUAAUUGAAGACAUCCCCAGCGACACAUUGGUGAUGGGGAAUUACAAAGUACAACGCUGGGAUGUGCACAAACAGGACUUUCUUGAAUCUGCUCCUGGUUUGGGAAUGUUUGUGACGGUCACAAGUCCUUCUGCUGAAGUACUCUUGUCAAAACUGUAUGGGCCACAAGGAACCUUUUCUUUCACCUCCUACCUCUCUGGGGAGCACGUUAUCUGUUUACAGUCUAACUCCACAAGAUUUGUGGCAUUUGCAGGAAGUAAAUUGCGUAUCCACUUGGACAUUAGAAUUGGAGAACAUUUUCUUGAUGAAUCUGUUGUUCAAGCCAAAGACAAAGUGAAUGAAGUUAACUUAAGACUAGAACAUAUAAUUGAGCAAAUUCACCACGUAUCCAAAGAACAGAACUAUGAAAGAGAACGUGAAGAAAGAUUUCGGAAGACAAGUGAGGAAACCAACAGCAAUAUCUUGUGGUGGGCUAUUGCACAAACACUAAUUCUCAUCACCGUUGGAAUCUGGCAAAUCAAGUCUCUCAGAGAUUUCUUUAUAUCUAAGAAGCUUGUUUAA